AUGAGUACCGGCCCCGGUUUCCCGAUGUUUAUUGCUGCUUUACCCCACAUAUCAUAUCAGCUCUCGAUACCAACAUUUUACCGACCCCUAACAAGUGCUGUACUCGUGCUGUGCUGUACUGCACAAGUACAGUACUCGAGUACCGACACUCGCAAUUCUACUGUGACCCAAUGAUACCACGCACCCUCUUCUCCCUAAGAAUCCCAAGAGACAACAACCGCGAUGCGCUGCGAGCCCUUCCACCGCACCACACCUCUUCCCGAUCAUCGAUCCGAAAGUUACCCGUAUACGCUGUGCCACUUGGACCCUAAAACAUCACACCUCACCGAAUUACCCCUCGAAUUCUGAUCCUCUAAUCCCGCCCCACAAUUCCCCGGAAGCCUUGUGGGCCCCGGCUGUUAAGCGCUUUGAUAAGCGGCACGAUACGUGGCUCUUGGGCCCAGUUUGAGACCAAAAUCUAAUGCGGGCGUGAGUUUGGUCUUAUUACACUUGAAGACUAUAAGUCCCUCGUGCCCUCGAUCAAGACCUCCGAGGCUCUUGAUAGUCUACCCUACCGGCAUCACAAGUGGUUGCCACCCGUCGCCUGCUCCUUGGGUACCCGUACUCGUAUGAUACCGUGCCCUGCUUGCCCAGCAAGACGGCCGCCCUUUUUUCUUUUUCUUCGCUUCGUCGUCAAAAACCUACUUAUGCCAAGUGGGAGGGAGCUACACUGUCAUACCAUCUCGCACGCCCGUCCACCUAUCAGCUCACCUAUCCCUCGCAGUUUUCUCCACGACUCUAACGUGGUCCUGCAUUUUACUGGUCUUGUACCCCACCAUUGGUGAGUUUUUCGUCAAUCAGCCCUACCGUACCGCACCCUCAAAUCCGAUCGGUACAUACCAUCUCAACAGCUACCGCAAUCAUCUCCAUCAUCUCUCUCCAUCUUCAUUCGAGCUCUCCCACCUCACCCGUUGCUAGGAUUUUUCCAUAAUCGAGCCCGUCAGGUGCUGUGUCAUCCCUGGAAUUUACCGCCAUUCCCCAGAAAUUUCCCAGCAGAGUCACUGUAGUCCCCGGUCCGAUGAAGCGGCCCGUCGCAUCGACGGCGAAUAUUGAGUCGGAGAACCACCUCGUCUCACGGCUGCGAAAUGCUCCGCAAAACAACGAGUAUAGAUAUACGAGCGAGGCUCGGCUCUUGCUGUUGAGAGACCUGUUUGGAGCCCUUGCUUGUAAUAAACCAGAAUAUCUCAAUUACUUUUUUCCCAACGGACCGCCGCAGGGAACCUCUCCGGCGGAUUGGAAUUUGUCGUUAGCUCAGGGUGCGUCUGAUGGAGCGGAGUACAGUGAAACAGCGAGAGGGAAGCCGUGUGGACAUAUAUUUAAGUCCGGAGAAGCGUCGUAUCGGUGCAAGUAAGCCAUGAACACCGUUGGACCUCUUCUUCUUCUUCGGCUAAUGCAAGCUUUAAAUCAGAACUUGCUCUCUCGAUGACACCUGCGUGCUCUGUGGGAGAUGCUUUGAGUCUUCCGACCACACGGGUCACACUGUUUAUGUCAUUAUCUCAACUGGCACCAGUGGCUGCUGUGAUUGUGGCGAUCCCGAGGCAUGGAAAAUUCCCGUCAAAUGUUCCGUUCACACUCCUCUACCUCACGGCCCUUCACCCAUGGACUCUGAAGCCUCCCCCCAAGAAUUACCACCCGACCUUGUUGUAGGUAUACGAAGCACCAUUGCAAGGGCGAUAGACUACCUAUGUGAUGUCAUAUCCUGUUCACCAGAGCAACUACGGCUCCCAAAGACCGAAGAAGGCAUAAGGAGUGAUGAGGAGUCGUCCAGGCUGACUUCCAGAUACUUCUCGGAAGAAUCGGCUACGGAUCGCGCCGAAUACGCACUGAUUAUAUGGAAUGACGAGAAGCAUACCAUCGACGAGGUUGAGGAUCAGGUUGCACGAGCAUGCAAAAAAACUAGGAGGUUCGGCAAAGAACGAGCACAGGAAACCCAUUUUGUUGGACGAAGUAUUGUUGCCUACAAUCACUCUCUUCCAGAGCUUAUGCGGAUAUCGAGUAUUAUUGAGCAGAUAAAAAUCACCGUAACUAUCAGGUCUGCGAGGGACACCUUCCGGGAGCAAAUGUGUGGUACGAUAGUAGAGUGGCUCGGAGACAUCGCUGGUUGCAGUGUAGGGGGGCACAAUGACAUACUUCGGACAACCAUAUGUGAAGAACUUCUCGGGGUAUGGAGAGUUGGCUCGGAGGCCUCAAACACAGAGGUCGGUAAGAAAGGAAUUGAUGAUCAUGCGGUGGAGGAAGACGAUAGUGCUCCUCUCGGGGGUAGGCGGGUGGUUGUGCCCAUUGAAGUAGUGGCUGGCGCGGGAACUGACGACGAUGUGGAUAUGGAUGAAGGAGAUAUCGAGGAUCAGAUUGCGGAAGACGUUGAGCAUGACGAGGACGAUGGUGAUGGAGAAGCUGAUGAUGAUGUGGACAUGGUCGGCAGCGUGUUGGCCCAACUCGGCGGUCGUAUCAUAGGCGCAAUCGGAAUGGGCCCUCCAAAUCAAAUCGGCAGAGCGCACACAAACGCACAUACAACGGCAGUUCAAGGCGAAACUGCUAUUGAGCAAAACCGGGAGGCCAGUAAUAAUGCGCUGGUGUACAACGAAGAGGAAAUGCCCGAUGUGCCGCCAAUACCUCGUACCCCAGGAUCCCAGCACUCCCGCAGGCCGGGGGUACCUGUACCUAAACAUUGGCUAGAGAAACCAGCCGGGUAUGCCAACAAACACCCUGUGCCCCCUCACGAAGACCUACGCCAAAGGGUCCGACUGGACUGGCUCAUCCUUUUCGACCUGAGACUUUGGAAAAAGGCCAGGAUUGAUCUUCGGGAUCUUUAUAUUAGUACUGUGGUCGCUAUUCCUGAGUUCAAACGAAUUCUAGGUUUACGGUUCUCUGGCCUGUAUACCGUCCUGAGUCAAUUGUACCUUGUGCCCGACCGGGAGCCUGAGCACUCUAUUAUCAAUCUUUCCCUGCAGAUUCUGACAACCCCCUCCAUUACCGCCGAGGUCGUUAAGCGUGGGAACUUCUUGACAAAUCAGUUGGCCAUCCUGUAUACCUUUCUCACCACCCGCCAAGUGGGCCAUCCCCAUGAAGUCAACCAAGAGGGAACCCUCGCCUUUGAUACAGGGUCCCUCACCAAUCGGAGAAUGUUUCAUUUCUUCCAGGACAUGCGGUAUUUGUUCGCAUCCGAUUAUGUCCAGGAUAGAUUACGGCAUGAGGAAAGAUAUAUGCUCCAAUUUCUAGACUUGGUAACCCUUCACCAAGGCAUUUGUCCCAACACCCGCGCAGUGGGUGAGCAUGUAGAGUACGAAGCCGAGGCAUGGAUCAGUGCAUCCCUGAUCACACGAGAAAUCAAUCGGUUGGUCAGGCAGUUCUCGGAAGCGUACCGAUGGACGGAAGACCCUCACGACAAUAGUCUUCAGCGCGCUAUAUCAACGGUUACGAGAUACGCCGCGAUCAACUCGCUGGGCUGCCAGCGUCACCGGUUCAACCAAGCCGAGAUUAAAUAUCGUGCCGAGCUCAAACAAGCCAUCGGCUUUCAAUUCGAUACAGACCGCUGGGGCAAUCAACACCAUUACAAAAUUGUCAAGUUCGCUGUCGAUAAGCAACCGAUCAGCUUUCACCACGCUCUACACUACACACUGUCCUGGCUCAUAGAAGCAGGGAAAAACAUGGACGUGCGUCAGUUACGGAAACUCCUUAUGCCUGACUGGGAACAAAUCAAACGAGCAUCGGAUCCAGAAACGCCGGAAUACGAACCUGAAGAUACUGCAAUCGUCAUGUUUGAUUUUCCUCUAAGGGUUUGCGUGUGGUUGGCUCAAAUGAAGGCAGGGAUGUGGGUCCGCAACGGAUUCAGUCUCCGGCAUCAGAUGCAAACCUACAGGAGUGUCUCCCAGCGAGAGAUGGCACAUAGUAGAGAUAUCUUUUUGUUACAGACAUCCCUAGUCACCAUCAACCCCAGCAGGAUGCUUGUGACAAUGAUCGACCGCUUCAAUCUCAACCAUUGGGUAGAAGGGAACUUUGGCAUCCCACAGGGCUAUGAGGACUCACAAGUAUUGGACCUCGCAGAAGACCUUUUGCACCUGUUGAUCGUGAUACUUAGCGACCGACUCCCGCUUAUUCCAAUACAAGAAGAACCCGAUCUUGCGUUGUUGAAAUUAAAGAGAGAAAUUGUUCAUAUUCUUUGCUUUAAGCCGAUUCAAUUCUCAGAUCUCACGACACGCCUUCCGGAGAGAUUACAAGAGCUUGACAAAUUCCAAGAUAUCCUUGAAGAAAUGACUAUCUUCCGGCCCCCAGACGGUCUUUCUGAUUCCGGCACGUUUGAGCUCAAAGAGGAGUACCACGACGAAGUGGAUCCAUACAUCCUACAAUUUUCAAAGAACCAACGUGAGGAAACGGAAAACAGCUGCUGUGCGAGAAUUGCAAAAAGAACCGGGCGCCUAGUUUCUGAGGUAGCAUUCGAGCCCAAAUUACGAGAAAUCAAGACGGGUGUAUUCUCGGAUAUUGCCGUUUUCACCAGAACGCCUGUUUUCGCACAAAUUAUUUACUACUCCCUGGCAUAUGGCCUUCAAUUCAAGAGCUACACACCUUCAGUACAGGAGAGCAGAGUCGAGACAUUUCUACAACUUUGUCUUCACCUUUGCCAGUUGGCUGUCGCCGAGGAUAAAACUAUCGAGGGCCAAGAAGAAAAUAGUUCAUUUAUCCUCCACGCACUCGAGAAGAAGGCCAAGGGUGGAGCUGAGUCUAGCGAAAUUGGCAAUCGAACCAUCGCCACUGUGCUCCACCGUUUGUCUAGCAUAGAGGCCUUCAAAGCUUGCCGGCCCAAGAUCGACAACAUUCUCCGGCGGAUGCGGCAAAAGAAGCCGGCGGCAUUUGAAGCAGCUGCAGUAUGGGCACACGAGAUUGCAGAGAGGAUGGAUACCGAGACUGAGCAAAACACCAAAGAUGCUGAAGCCGAGAGAAAGCAACUAGCGAGGGAACGACAAGCAAAGAUAAUGGCACAGAUGAAGCAGCAACAACAAAGUUUCUUGAAUUCUGCUGGGUUUGACUUUGGAGAUGAGGAAUUCACCGAUAGUGAAAAUGAGGAGAAAGAGUAUGAAGAGGAGAAGAAAUGGUGGAAAUAUCCUGCCGGGACAUGCUUGCUAUGCCAAGAAGAGAUGACUGACUCAAGGCUUUACGGAGCGUUGGCCCUGAUAUCAGAUAGCAAUAUCUCUAGGCAAACACCAGUUAACGACCCGAACUACGUUUAUGAGGUCCUCACUUUGCCCAACAGCCUUGACCGCCCAGCCGACGAAAUUCGGCCUUACGGGGUUGCGAGUAUGAAUCUCAAUUCUAUUCUUAAGCUUGCUGCAGACGGAACUGAGUUUGUCGUUAAGCGUCAAAGUUUGGGCCAAGGGUUUCCCCCAGAAUCUGUCACGAGGGGGCCUGUUGCCACUGGGUGCAGCCAUGUCAUGCAUUUCAGUUGCUUUGAGCAUUACUACGAAUCCACGAAACGCCGUCAUCCCCAGCAAAUAGCCCGUGACCAUCCCGAGCGAUUAGAGCUAAAGGAGUUUGUCUGCCCCCUUUGCAAGGCUUUGGGAAAUGCUUUUCUGCCCAUUGUCUGGAGGGCUAAAGAGGUGACCGCAGCUGGAGUGUUAAAACCGCCAGUCAAGUUCGAACAAUGGUUGGGAGAAAAGCUCGGCUCGAUGGCAAAACUUAAGAAGGCCAUUGAGAGUGAUGGACUAGACAGGUACAACGUUAUGAUGAGUCAGGAGAUGUUUUAUUCCUAUGGCUCUAGCAACAUGAUCGCCCCGAUAGGGAAUAAGCUCUCUCAACUGUCAACAAUGCACGUCGAGCCUAGAUUUCCUGAGCUCGGGUCUUCCAGACCAGCCCCCACCUUAAGCUUCGGGGUUAGUGAGGCCGCACCAAGACCUGGCGCGGUUAUUCCUCCGCCGGUUCAAACCGAGUUAGACGAAUUGCACAAGAUAUACCGCCGCCUGAGAGAUACCCUUAUUACCAACAAGAUUCACACUAGAUACCCUUCCCCCGAGGCACGCCUAGCCACAACCCCAGCGCAGCAUAACCUGACCCAUUGUGAUUCAAUGGCUAAAAUCUUCGGGUUUACCAUCUCAGCGGUUGAGAUCGCCCAACGGGGUGUGGGAUCUGAGCCCGGAAUGACUUUACUCGACCGGAUCUCUCAACAAGUUUUGACACACUUAAGAAUCCUAUCUGAAACUAUAUCUUCCUAUAUUGCCGUCGGGGGAUUACAAAACAGCGAGAAAAACAAAACAAUUUUUGAGUUUAAGGACAUGCAGCGACAACAAAUCCAGCGAUUGUUGAUUGGUCACCCCGAGGUAUACGACGACCUAGCCCGCACGAAAUUGAGGUCGAAUGAGAACCCCCUGUUCAUAGACGAUAUAUUUGUAUUCUUGGCAGACGUGUUCCUGUGUGCCUUGCCCCUGGACUGGGUCUUGACAUCAUACAUGUUGUUCGGUUGUGUUACAUGGCCGAAAUCACAAAGAUAGUGUAUAAGCUUUCUAGGGUCAAUUGGUUCAAUAACCUGUUGGCGGCAUGGAGGCAAUCCGGAAGGGCUAGAGAUGUGCAAAACUUUACGAACUUUACAGAACGGCAACUCAACACAUUCCGUCAGUUUACAGAGUUCGUUCGCCAAAGCAGCAGACUAGCGCCGGACACGGACAAUCUCCCUCUCGAGAGCGUUGCAAUCAUGCGCGCAUUGGUCAAAAAGUAUGCUACAACGUUCCUGCGUAAAUCUGUCAUCCUGUUACAUGUCCAAUACGGAAUCGUUUUUCCAAACACGGGCUUUGGAAAUAUCGAUGAUCCCGAGGUAGACCGUCUUUCGGAAGCGUUGGGACUCCCGAGCUUUGAUGAGAUGCUUUCCUCCUGGCUCAUGCCCACCACUAAUGGCGAGUACUUGCGCUCCAUGAUAUCGGCAUGGUGUGCACAUGCAAGCGCAAACCCCAAAAAUAUCAGUCUAUCACAUCCCGCCAUUUUCGAACUCGUCGGAUUGCCUCUUCAUUACGAGACACUAAUUGAUGAAGCCAUGAAGAGAAAAUGCCCAAAGAGCGGGAAAGACCUUUCUGAUCCCAAUGUUUGCCUAUUCUGCGGCGAGAUCAUAUGUUCACAAGCCGUGUGUUGUACAGAUAGGGGACGCGGCGGCUGUAAUCAGCAUGUUGACAAGUCAGUGCCAUUCUCCUUACUGGCUGUUGGAACAGUUACUCACUGCUUUUGCGUUAGGUGCGGAAAGGAUAUUGGAGUUUUCAUAAACAUCCGGAAAGGAUGCGUGAUUUACUUACAUAAUGGACAUGGAAGCUACGGGCCGGCCCCAUACCUUGACAAGUAUGGAGAAGUGGACUGGGGAUUAAGGUAAUUAUCUCCACAACCUUUCCUAUUCUACGGUAUUAGAUCUAACAUCCAACAGACGUAACCGACAAUUAUUCCUCAACCAGCGAAGAUACGAUGCUCUCAUGCGCAACACCUGGCUACAACACGGCGUGCCAUCGGUCAUAUCCAGGAAAUUAGAAGCAGACAUCAACAGUGGUGGCUGGGAAACUCUAUGAGGAGCCGGCUGAUUCAUUGCUUCCGCUCUGUGUUCGUUUCCAGAUGCCUUAUCCCCCUUUUCUUUCUUUCUCUCUUUCCCCUCUCUCUUUGUUAGGUUCACUCUGCUGGAUUGCGGUGUACAGGAGGUUUUGCUGGCUUGCUAAAAUUAUCUUUUCCCAACAUCAUUAGAUGUAUUAUUCCCUUAGGUUCGGAGUAGUCUGGGAUGUCACGCGUUGUUCCUCUCUUCUUUCCUCCCCUUUUCAUGACCCUGUUUUUCUAAUAACGUUCACAACCUGUCAGGAUGUGCUACUUGUCUGUAAACUGGGGGGAAUACGAAUCACAUGCACGUCCUGAUUCCUUGGUUUCUCUAACCCUGUCUUUUAGAACGGCUAGCGAGGGAGUUUUGCCCGACACUCAAUGUACCGAGUGAGCAUUGCGAUGCACGAGUACUGUAGACUGAACUAUCACCAUCUCUCGGCAAUAAAAGUAAUAUCAU